GUAUGUAUUGCUUUGUAUGCAGUAGUCGUCACUCAAUAUAGCAUUGGUUUGGAUUGAAGUUAAGUGAAGACAAACUGAACCACACUUUCGUCGCACUCUUGCAACCGAGGGCUCAUAACAGCACAGGAAAAAAGUAUGUCAUCCGUGGGGUCGCCGAAGAAGAUGCUGAACAAUGGACGAGAGAUACCGACGCGAAGAAUCACUGUCAACGACAUGAGUCAACUGCCAUACGACUACUCGUCCACACCGGGAGGUACCCUCUUCUCUACCACACCGGGAGGCACUCGGAUAGUGUACGACCGGUCCUUCUUAAUGCAUCUGCGGAACAGUCCAAUGGCCAGAUCUCCGCCCAAGAAUUUGCCCACAAUUCCCGGCGUAACCCAACCCCUCGCGGGUAAAGAGAACCGGAGAGCGCCGGCGGGCAAAGGGCUCACCACUACCUCUACACCAUUGGAAACCUGCGUUGAGGAGAAGCCAAUGCCAUCGAAUCCAACAACAGGUGGUGGAGAAGGCGGUAAUGAAGAGGAGCCGCAGUUCGAUAUGGAUAUGUAAUACACUGCCAACCAAUGUAAGGCACAGAUAACCAAAUAAAACACUGAUUUUGAGACAACUUUUAUAAUUGAAACGAUACCUAUUUGCCAAUAAUUGUCAGUUCAUUGCAUUGUAUUGCUGUCGCGGCCUUUCAAUAAUCGCUUCCAAAUGUUUGUCGACUCAAAAAAAACUGAUAUCUCUUGAGAAAAUACACUAUAAAUUAGUUUUUUAAUCGAAUAAUAAUAUAAGUCUUUCAACAAGUGUUUUGAUGGCAUUAUUCAUCGAUUUUAAUGAACUUAUUAAUUGUCUUGUAUUUUAAUAAUUGGUGCCA